AUGGACGAAGACAUUGAAUUAUCAAAUCAAAACACUCCAACCAAUGGAAGACCACCUGACAUAGAUAAUACAAAGGAAAAUAGUCCAGCUCCCAUGGAAAUGGAGGAAGAGACAGAAGACCUGAAUAUAAGAUUGGGAGCAGCAAGUAAUGCUUUUAGAAGAACGUUCAAAGAAAUAAUCAGACAACACAAGCCUGAUAUUUCUAUCUUGUUAGAAACUAAAUGCAGUGGAGAGAAUGCAAAUAAUGUUAUUAGACAGAUUGGGUUUAACAACUAUAUUUGGGAAGAAGCCCAGGGUUUUGCAGGAGGGAUCUGGAUUUGUUGGAACAGAGUAGACCUGAAUAUUAGCAUAGUGGAAUUCCAUGCACAAUUUAUUCACACUAAAAUACAAGAAGAUGGAAAGAAAGAAUGGUUCUUUACUGCAGUUUAUACUAAUCCACACUAUCAAAUGAGGAGAUUAAUCUGGUCAAAGCUUCUGGAUAUAGCCAAUACUAUGAGAGGCGAAUGGCUAAUAGCAGGGGACUUCAAUGAGAUCAAGGACAGCUCAGAGAAAAAAGGUGGAGCGGCUAUUGACCUUAAUGCUUAUAACCGGUUUGCUAAUUGGAUCAAUGAAAGUGGGCUAAUUGAUCUCGGUUUCAUCGGCUCCCGGUUCACCUGGAGAGGACCCCAAUGGGAGGGACAAAAGAGGGUCUUUAAGAGACUAGAUAGAGGUCUGGCUAAUAAUCAAUGGAGAACGAUAUUCCAUGAUGCUACUGUCGAGGUGCUUACGAGAAGAAGAUCGAAUCACCACCCGCUGCUGAUUAAAACAGAGAGAGUUACACAUAUAGCCAACAACAAACCCUUUAGGUUUGAGGCUAUGUGGACUCUUCACCCAGAAUUUCAGAACUGUUUUAACGACAGCUGGAACAAUCAGGCCUCACUUUGCAGUGCCCUCAAUAAGCUCAAAGAGGACCUCCAAGAAUGGAACAAGAAAAGUUUUGGCAACAUUUUCAAAACAAAAAGGAGACUUCUUAAUAGAAUUGAAGGAAUUCAAAGAAGCAAUAGCUACGGAAGGAAUCUCUACCUUGAAGAUCUAGAGCAAAAACUUAAUAGAGAGCUAGAUGACAUUCUGGACAAAGAGAAAUCUUUUUGGUUGCAGAAAUCUAGGGAGAAUUGGAUCGUGGAUGGAGAUAGAAACACACGAUACUACCAUACUAAAACAAUUGUCAAGAGGGGGAAGAAUAGAAUUAUGAAGCUCAAAGGAACAGAUGGGGAGUGGAUCGAAGAAGAGGAGGAGCUAGGAGACCACAUUAUUAACCACUUCAAAAAUAUCUAUCAAAAUGAGGUAAUGACUGUUCCUUUUGAAUUAAAAUACUAUGCCCCACCUGAUUUUACCAAUGAUGAUUGCAGGAGAUUCAUAACACCUCCAAAUGAAGAAGAAGUGAGGAAAGCCAUUUUCAGCAUUGGCUCCCUGAAAGCACCUGGAAGUGAUGGAUUCCCUGCUCUCAUCUAUAAGAGUAACUGGGACAACAUGAAAGGAAAAGUACAGGAAUUCAUAGAUAUGUGCUGGAGGAAUCCAGAAACUAUCAGACAAGCAAACUCCACCCUCAUUGCUUUGGUGCCUAAGAUCAACAAUCCAGAGCUGAUUAACCAAUUCAGGCCUAUAGCGCUAUGCAAUGUGUGCUAUAAGGUCAUAACAAAAGUGCUAGUGGAAAGGUUAAAACCACACUUGAAUGACAGAAUAGCGACGCACCAGUCAAAUUUCAUACCGGGAAGGAAAAUUCAAGACAACAUCAUCAUUGCAAAGGAGCUUAUUCACACUAUGAAGAGAAUGAAGGGGAGAAAACAGUUCAUGACGAUCAAAAUAGAUUUCGAAAAAGCCUAUGACAAGAUGGGUUAG